GCUGUUCUCCCUGUGGACGAGCAGAUUGAAAGUGAAGCUGCUUCCCUUUGCUGCUUUCAAAUGUCUACAGGGAGUGCAUUUAGGGUCCUGGGCACACUGUGCUGAAGAACGCCAGUAAGUGCUUUCUUUUCCUCCACACGGUCACAGGUCACAGGUCCAAAGCCUGUUUUUGAUUCUCGGUUUUUACUGGUGGAUGACAUCCUAUUCCAUACUCCAUAGAGUCUAGGGCGGCUUGAAAAGAAGGGCUGGUAGUUACUGUUCAGGGAAAAGAAUCGACCGGUUCGCUGAAAAAAUCGGAGCGCCGAAUCUUGCUCCCUUUGGCUCCGCUGCCUCCAAAAGCCUGAGUCCAGAGGAAGUUUGAAAUGGACACCACUCACCAGAGACCCCGCCUUGUGGCCCCGUAUUGAACCAGCUGUGGCUGGCCGAGAGCUCGACAGCCACAGAGAGUAGACCUAGAAAACGUCACAGGCAGGAUGCGUGUCAGUUCAGCAUCUUACGGGUCCAGCACCAAACAAGCCGCCUGAGUCAGGCGCCGGACCCUAGCCCCCGGCGAGCACGGACCGAGCGUCCCCACCCGGGCAGUUUACCUCUGCACCCCUAGGCGGCGCUGCGCUCCUCCGCACCCGGCGCACCCUGCAGCCCAGCCCCGGCGCAACGCCGGUAGCCAGGGCACUUCAAGCUUGCAGUACUAGCGGGCGGAGCAACGCAAGCUUUUCGAGGCUCCUUCUCUUUGGGAGUUCGGAGCAUGGUCCCAGGUCGCCGCAGCUGGAGCUUGGACGCGGAAAGGGAGGAUGGUGGGUUGGGGUUUGGCAGUUCUGUGUUGGUGGGUCUCUUGUGGUGCUGCUGCGGUGGGACAGCUGGAGCACUCAGUGUUGGAGGAGACGGAACCCGGAGUCGCGGUAGGCAAUAUCGCCUCGGACUUGAAGCUGUCAGCAGCUUCUCUGUCCUUGCGGAACUUUCGCUUCCUUUCCAGCUACAGCGAGCCUUACUUCGGGGUGGAUCUGGGCAGCGGUAGCUUGGUGGUUCGAGAGCCAGCGGACCGUGAGCGGCUGUGCGGGGCCAAAGCUGCUUGCAUCUUGACAUACGAGCUCAUGUUCGAUGACCCUCUGGAGCUGCAUAAGAUGCGUGUUCACCUCCUGGACACCAAUGACAACUCACCCCUCUUUCCUGCUGGAGACAUGCACUUGCACAUCCCGGAGUUCCUGGCACCAGGAGCUCGGUUCACUCUCCCGAAUGCCCAAGAUGCUGAUGAGGGAAGCAACGGACUGAUAAGUUACAGCCUAAGCUCUAGCCAGAACUUUCGUCUGGACAUGGGGUCUCGGGCCGAUGGUAGCAAAUACCCGGAGCUGGUGCUGGAGAAAGUGCUGGAUCGAGAGCAGCGGGACACCCACCUGCUGGUGCUCACUGCUCAGGAUGGUGGCCUGCCUGCACGCUCUGGAGAUGCUCAAGUCACCAUCACUGUGGUGGAUACCAACGACAAUGUGCCUGUAUUUGAGCACUCCGUAUACAGUACCAAGGUUCCAGAGACCGCACCCAAUGGGACUGUGUUAUUCCACGUUCAAGCCUCGGAUCCGGAUGAAGGAUCCAAUGGGGACGUCUGGUACUUCUUAAGCAAUAGCACACCAGCAGAGCUGAGGCACCUCUUUCACAUACAUCCUAAAAGUGGGGAGGUUCAGGUAGCUGCUUCGCUAGGUCCACCGGAAACGUUGUUGGAAGCAUAUGUCGAAGCAAGAGACAAAGGUGCUUUUAGUCUAGCUAGCACUACUAAACUGCUUGUAGAGGUGACUGACGUGAAUGAUCAUGCCCCCCAGAUGGACUUCAUGACUUUCUCCAGCCCAGUACCCGAGGAUGCAGCUCCUGGCACAGUAAUUGCUCUCCUUAGUGUAAAGGAUGAGGACCUGGGUUCCAACGGUGAGGUCACAUGUAGCCUGUCCAGCAAAGGUCCCUUUCGGUUGAAGGCUUCCUUUGACAGCUACUACAGAUUGCUGACUGAUGGGCCCCUGGAUCGGGAGCAAGCAAGUGAAUACCAGGUCCUAAUCACUGCUUCAGAUGGUGGCUCGCCCCCGCUGAGCACCCGAAGGACACUCACUGUGUCAGUUGCUGAUGUGAACGACAACACACCAAGCUUUCCUCAGUCACAACAGGAACUUUUUGUGGCUGAAAACAAUAGCCCUGGAGUUUCAUUAGGCCGUGUGUUUGCUCAGGACCCAGACCUGGGGGAGAAUGGCCUUGUCUUUUAUGAGCUGUUGGAUGUCAUUUCUGAAGGGAUGCUACUUUCCUCAAGCUUGGUGGCAGUGGAACCAACUAGCGGUGUUAUCACUGCCAGAACUUCCUUUGACUUUGAACAGCUCAGGGGGCUUCACUUCCAAGUGGAAGGCCGAGAUGGCGGCACUCCUCCCAGAAGUGCAACGGUGACCGUGAACUUGUUUGUGGUAGACAGGAAUGACAAUGCACCAGCCAUCUUGUUUCCCUUGCCUAGAAAUGGCUCUAUCCCAGUGGAAAGGGUGCCCCGCUCUGCCCGAGCUGGACACCUGGUCACAAAAGUGGUAGCAGAGGAUGCAGACAGUGGUUCCAAUGCCUGACUCUCCUACCACAUUUCUCAGGCUUCCGACUCUAGUCUUUUCAGAAUUUCAGUCAAUAUGGGAGAGCUUCGGACUGCACGUUUAGUUUUUCCCACUGAUGCAGUCAAACAGAGGGUGGUGGUAGUGGUUCAGGACCACGGAGAGCCUCCACUUUCCUCCUCUGUCACUCUGGGUGUGCUAUUGAGCACCUCUGUCCCUCGGGUCUUUCCAGACUUUGAAGAUAUCUGGGAACCAAGAGUACAGUUUUCUGCCCGGAACUUGUAUUUGGUGAUACUAGCCCUGGUCUGCAUUUCCUUUUUGUUUCUAGGGUGCUUGCUUUUCUUUGUAUGUAUCAAGUUGAGCCAGAGCCCAGAUUGUUGCUCUCAUAACUGCUGUCAUUCUCCAGAAAAUACAAAACGUGAGAGGACAAUGACUUCUAGUCCUUGGGUGACAUCAGCCACAAUAGAUGUCACUACAAUUGAGAGACUUUCUCAGACAUAUCUCUAUCAAACCUCUCUGGGACUUGGUUCUGGUAGUAACAACUUGCUCUUGCAUGGGAAAUACAAUGCUGCUGAUCUGAGAAAUCUGGCCACUGGUGUAGGACUGAAUUUGCCAAUAUCCUGUGCUCAGAUUCGGAAUAGAAAAGAUCAUACAAAUCUCAAUGCCAUGGUAAGCACAUUCUAUGGUGUUUGACUCCUCUGACAAGGAGAUAGCUGCUAACUAUGUUCUAGAUUGUCUCAUAGAGGAGUCUUUCUUUGGUUGAUAUUUAAUCAUUUGAAUACUUCUCAAGAUGUCAAGAAUUCUGAGAAUCUGCAUUAGAAUAUUGUUCUAGACCUCAAGGAACUUAGUUCAUUUUUUAUAAAUUAAUUUUUAAAGAUUGAUUGAUUUGUGUGUGGGUGUGUGUGCACGCACACAUGUGCACCUGUGUGAAACGUAGUGUGCCUGUGGAUAUCAGAGGGAGCUGGCUUUCUCUUUCUGUCACGUGGGUUCUGGGUACUGAACUCCAGUUGCCAAGCACCUUUAUCUGCUGAGCCAUUUCACCAGCUCUUAUAGUUUAUUUAUGAGAAAUGAGGUAAAGCAUUAAAACUUACAAAAAUCAAUAAAAGUAAUACAGAAUAGAGGUCUAAAACUAAAGACAAUGAAGUGCUGGAGUGUUUCUUGGGCAACAGAUGUGAGAGAAAGGUGCUCAGAUGCCUGAAGUGAAAAAAAACAUGUGCAUAUGCAGAUCAUGGACAAAACACGGAGGAAGAGACACUCAGAUCACUACAAUACUUUACAAAAAGAUGAUAUCACUAGAGACGCAAAAUAAAUUGCAGCGGAUAUUUAUCAAAGACAGAGACAAAAUGUGAGUGAAUAUCUAGAUGGAAGGAAGGAAUCAAAGAGACCUUUGUAGUAGAGAUGACAUUUGACUUUGGUCUUGGAUGACAUUUAAUACAAUGUGACAUAUUCUACAUCCUAUACUUUUCUGGAUAUCAUUGUGGCAAGCACUCUUUGAGAAAGGCAUGCCUAAACGUAGUUAAUAGCUCCACAGCACUUUGUAAAUACACAAAAAUUACGAGCAUGUCUCCAAAUAUCUAUUGUAUUAUCUAAAGAUGAUAACACUGGUUGGGUGAAUGUCUUGACAACUUUUAUUUUGUUUUUAUUAAGCAUAUUUUUUCCAGAAACAAAAAUGAAUAAUCUUUUGUCAGACACAUCUGUGUCUUCAGAGGUAUACUUAUUUUUCAAAACUCAUUCCACUUGAAUUCAGUUUUCUUAUUUUAGAAGCCACAAUAUUUGAGAGUGAAGCACAUAAUGCAAGUUAAGUAAUUCAAAUACUUCAGUGGCUUUGGGAAUUCAAAAAAUUUGAUUGUAGUUAGGACAGUGUAUUUUACACAAUUGCUAUUAUACACUAUUGUUUUCUGACCUCUCAAACUAAUCAUGAAUACAAGAAAGAACAAAGCAUUCAUUGUUUCACUCUUCUAAAAAAUAAGCAGAAAAUGGCUUGUGAAUUAUUCUCCCCCAAAUAAUGAUGGGACUGCAAAUACAAGCGAUUUAGAUUUAUUAUAAUGUUAUAUAUUACUAUUUUCACAUGCUAUGAUAAAAUCCAAUAUAUAAACUAUACCUAUGGAAUUAAUAAGUGUGCAAACAAUGGAUUGGAACGUUAACACUUCAACAUGUUUUACAAUAUACAAUAUGUCUAUGUGGUUAAUAGUUUGAUGACCAUUUCAAAAUAUAAUGGUUCAAUGAUUAUUUUCUUCUUCAUGACAUCCACAAUAAGACAGUUGAGUAGAGGAACUUUCUGGCCCUAAAACUACCAUGAAAUAUAGCACUUCAGUGUUAUGUUCUGGGAUGAGCAUGGCUCCAGUUCUUUAGAUGGCAAAGGGAUCAAUAGAAUACACAUCAUUUUGAAAUUUGCAGAAAAUGCUACCUACAAAAUCCUGCUAGUGUUAAAGGAGGCAAUUGGUGUGUUCCAAUGAUAACAAUUCAAGCAUCAAAGCACCUGAUACAUAAUUACCAUUCAUUUACUUAAUUUCUGGUUUUUGCUUUGUUUUGACACCAAGUUUCACCAUAUAACCCUGGUCUGGAACUUACCAUGUAGAUCAGGCUAGCCUCUAACUCAUAGAAAUCAGCCUGGCUCUGCCUCCCAGGUGCUGGAAUUAAAUGUGUAAUGCCACCACUCCCUGAUCAUUGCCUUCUGUAAAAAAGAGAGGUGAGGAUACUAGUGAUAGGGAUAGUUUGAGAGAUGGGUUUGACUAGAAAAUGGAAAUGUAAGUCAUAAUAAAGGCCAAUGGAUAUGGAAUUUAAAAAAGAAAAUGAGAUCUUUAUUUUUUAAAAGGCUGGGCAGAUGUCACAGUGGGUAAGAUUGCUUGCUAUGAAUGUAUAAGAAGCUGAGUUUGAAUCUCCACUAUCCAUGUAAAACACUGGGCGAGGCUGCAAACUGGGUGAGACUGUACCUGUGUUGGCUGGCAGAGACAGGCUGACCCUGGACACUACAAGGCUAACACAACAAGCCCAACUGUGAGCUCCAGUUCAGUGAGAAACCCUGUCUUAAUUCAGUAAAAGGGCUGAGUGGUAGGAGACCUCCCGUGUCCUCUUCUAGCUUUCACACGUGGAGCAUGGGUGCACACACCUGCAGAUCCACAGGCAUGCAUCACCUCCCACUAUUAAAAAACUAAAAAAUAAUAGCAGAGAAAAAUGCCCCUCUUUCACAUUUUGAUCUCAUGUGAAAGAUAAAGUAGCAAGAAAAUGCGAAAUCAUCCAUUUAUAUUUUGUUAAGUUCUCAGUUGUUUUCUCAUUUUAAUUUGUUUAUAGUAUAUUGACAGUUAUACUACCAAAAAUUGCAGCUUAAGAAAUCCAGUCAAACAUGGAUUUCAUCUGCAUCUCUUAUUGAAACUAUGUAACAGACACAAACAAAAUUGACCUACUGUGCAACAAAUAAUGUACUUCAUGUCCCUGUUUUCUUUUCUGUUGGGUAGUAUAAUUUCUUAAGCUGGUAUCAGAGAAGGUACCCCUGGGGGUAAAUUUCAACUUGCUAUUUAUAAUUGAAGUGUUGGCAAUUUUUUAGAAAGCAUACAUCACUGUAACAAAAAUGGAUUGGAAAACAGCAUACAACUAGUCUUAAAUAUUUUAUACCAAAGUUACUGGACUAGGCAUCUCAUUGCUAUAUUAAUAUGUUAUUGUUCCAGAAUAAAUAGGGUAUGGGAUACUUGCAAUGUGACCUGUUUACAGAGUAAUAGAAUGUUUUUGGCAUUCAAAAUGUUUUUACUUAUUUGUUGAUAUGCACUUGUAAGUAGACUUUAUCAUAGGUUGAUUAGAUGUUUCCUUGUAACUAUUUUGAUUUUGAUGAUACUGGUCACACUUUAAAAUAUAACUUAGGAAGCUUGCAUGAAAUAUGAAAUAUAUUCAGAUUUUUAAAAAAUAUCAUUUAGAUAGUAUAAUAGCAUUUUUUGUAAAAUAGGGACCCUCAGGUAAAAAAGGAAGUUGAUAUUUUGAUUAGUUAUGGUUUUCUGUAAUGGAUUUCUUCUGUGGCAAAGAGAAGUUUCCUCAAUGAAGGGAGAGAGCUAAACUUAUCUGUGGGCACAAGGAUAAAUAUUUAGAAUGUAGUUAGGGAUCAUGCUGAUGUAGUAAAGUGGCAGUGGUAAGUUCUUCUCCAUGGUCCAUAACUUUAACAGCCCUGGUAGUUGGCUAGGUUUCUGGUACCAGGUGUGAUUUCCCUCUUUGUGAGCAGGUCUGAAGUCCAAUUAGAGAGCUGUUGGUUGCUGCCAAGGUGUGUGUACCACUAUUGCACCCUUAUGGUUUUCAUGCCAUGCUGGUUAUUGCUGUGAUUCAUAGGUAUCAAAGCUGGGUAAAAUUCUUGGUUGAUUUUUCUCCUGUGGAAUCUUGCAGAAUUUUUGGGAGCCCAGUCCUAAUGGAUACAUCUACAACACAACUCCUGUACCUAAAGCUCAGGGAUCACUGUGAAAGAGGAGGCAGAAAGAUGGUAAAAGCCAGAGGAUCUGGGAGUUUACUCCUGGGAGUGUCAGAAGCUAUACCCAUAAAGUCUCACCAAUAUGGUUGCAUAAAUAAGAUCUGAACAAAAAUGACAUGAAUAGACAUGCUAACACGAAAGGUGGUAAUUUCAUGGGUCCUCAAUCCUACACCAAGAAUGACAGGCAACUAAGGAAUUCUGAGAGUGAUAGAGUCUUCCCCAGGGAAGAGCACACCAAUUGGUUAUCCAGUACCAAAGGGUCAUUCUUGAAAACAUACAUACAAGUAACUUUAUACAGAAUAAGCAGAUUAUUGUUAUAUUACAUAUUUAUGUACUUAAGAUAGUAUAAUGUUACCUAUUAUAAAACAGAGAACUUCUGAUAGGUAAUUAUAUAGUAUACAUAAUGAAAAAGGGGCCACGAAUUUGAAAGAGAGCAAGGAGUGGCAUAUGGAAGGUCUAGGAGAGAGAAAAGAGAAGGGGUAAAUGAUAUAACUAUAUUAUAAUCUCAAAAAUUAAAAAGAAAUAAUUUAAGAAGAAACAUAGCAUUAUACCUUGAGUGGACAGACAAGAAAAGCAAUAUCCAGAAAUAUGUGAGAGGGAAAGUAUUGACAAUAUGUCUGAUAUGUUAGUGAUCUAUUGAUUUUUUUGUUGUCGUUGCCUUAAAAUUUGCAGUUAGAGGGAAACAAUAAUAUUCACUUAUAUGGGUUGCAUUGAGGACUGACUAAUUGCUAAAAGGCUUUUGCCUUAGUUAGGUUUUACUAUUGCUGUGAUAAGACACCAUGACAGGGCAACUCUUGUAAAGAAAACAUUUAAUUGAGGGAGCUUUCUUACAGUUCAGAGGUUCAGUCCAUCAUGGCCAGGAGCAUGGCAGCAUGCAGGCAGACGUGGUGCUGGAGCUGAGAGUCCUACAUUUUACUCAGAGGCAACAGGAAGUCCACUGACUGUCACACUGAGUUAAGCUUGAGAAAAACACCUCAAAGCCUGCCCCCACAGUGACACACUUCCAACAGAAGGUGUGGCCCAGAUUAAAGGUGUGCCCUCCAGCCUCAAGGUCUGGAUUAAAGGUGAAUGUCAACCAGCCUCCUCCAACAAGGCCACACCUUUUCCAACAAAGCUACACCUCCUAAUAGCGCCACUCCCUAUGAGCUUAUGGGGGCCAAGUGCAUUCAAACUACCACAGUUUUUAUUAUGUUGUUCAAGUGCAUGUCAGAAAUAUUAACAUUUGUAAGAACAUCAAAUAAAUAAGGACCACAGCCCAAGAUCCUGACUGCAAUACUAUGGGUUAUUUGAAUUUGUUGAUAAGAGUAAUUAAAAUUCACCAACAAACAAAAAUACGACAAACUAAAUGAUGAAGGGAUCAUUUGUUUUGUUUCCUAGGUGUUUUUGUUUGUUUUGCCAUGCAUCUCUCUUUUUUAUUGAAAAAAUUCCCCAGCCAAGUGUGGUGAUGAAUGCCUUUAAUCCCAGCACUCAAGAGGCAGAGUCAGGUGGAUCUCUGCAAGUUUGAGGCCAGCCUGAUCUACAGAUUGAGUUUCAGGACAGACAGGACUACAGAAAACAAAACAAAACAAAACAAAACAAACAAAAAUCCCUUUCAUAUCUUCCCCACUUCCUUACUUAAACUUUUUUCCUCUCUUUCAAAAAACAAAAUAUACUUUCAAGAAACAAAAGCAAAAAUGCCAAACAAAGCAAAAUGAAAUAAAAAGUCCCAAAUAUCGUUGGUUUUAUUUUAUGUUGACUAACUAACUACUUCUGGGCAUGGGACCUGCCCUGGAUAUACUCAGUGCGUAUCCACUGGAGAAAACUGAGUUUUCCUGUGGCCAGUGGGUAUCAAUUGAAGAUGGUUUGGGGUAGGAUCCCGUGUUCACUUCCUUCCCUCUGUGCUAGGAUGUCAAUUUAUGCAGGUCUUGUGCAUGCUGCCGUAGUCUUUGUGUUUUAUGUACAGUAGUCCUGUUGUGUCUGCAAGACACUGUUUCCUUAGAGUUAUCCAUCACCUCUAGCUAUUAACUAUCUUCCACCUCUUCCACACAGACCUCUGAGCCUUGAAGGGAGAAGUUUGAUAAAGAGUUGAGUGCUCCAGAGUCUCUCCCUCUCUACACAUUGUCCAGUGGUGGGUUUCUGCAUUAAUUCCUGUCUACUGUGAGAAGAGGAUUCUUUGAUGUGGUUUGAGUGAGGCCCUGAUCUAUGGGUAUAGCAAUAUGUCACUAGGAGUCGUUUUAUUGCUGUGUUCAUUUUGGAUAAUAGUAUGGUAGGUUUUCCCCUCUGCUCAUGACUUCUCUAGUCCCAGGUUGUUGGCCACAUAAGUGGUGCCAGGUAUGGGUCCCAUGUCAUGGAAUGGGCCUUAAAUCCAAUUUAAAAAAGUAGCUGGUUACUCCCAUAACAUUUGUGACACUAUUGCACCAGUAUAUCUUCAGGCAGGUUGCUGUUGUAGGUUGCAGGGAUUAUAGGUUGGUGAUAGUGAUGAUUAUCUUUCUCCUCCAGUAACAUGCCAAGUACCUUCCAGUAUCAUGGUGCU